AUGUCAUCGCUUCCUGCUCAAGCAGCCUCACAGGCAGACCGGAUUCUUCGAGAGGGAUAUGCAAAGAUCUACCAGUCCCACACAGUCUUGCUGACUGGAAGUACGGGUUCACUUGGAGGAUGCCUCUUAUACAAAUUAGCAUUGCAGCUGCCCACUCGCAAAAUCUACGCAUUGAUCCGUGGAAAGCCGGAGGAAGCCAUCGCAAAGUGGAAGAAGGCCAUGCCAAACCAAUACCAGGCCAUCCUCGCCUCCAAAAAGGUAGAAUUCGUGAUAGGGAACAUCCGGUCAACCGAUUUCGGUCUCCAGCCAGCCAUCCUCCAGGAAUUACAAGAAAAAGUCACCUUGGUCAUCCACGCAGCAGCUAAGAUAACCCUCGACGCAAACCCCCUGGACGCAUUCGAAAAUAAUUGCCUCCCAGCCCUGGAACUAGCCCGUGUCGUCUCACGAUUCCGCCGACUGAAGCUACUCGUCCUGAUUUCAACCGCAUACGUGAAUAGCUUCCUCCCUGACGGUCCAGUUCUAGAAAAACCAUACAGUCUCACCGAUGAAGACCCCGAGCAGGAACUUGCAUCCGUGUUAUCCCUAAACAAAUCACCACAUACAACAAGAUUCUCAUCUAGCUACGCCCAAGCCAAAUACAUCAUGGAACGAAUCAUCCUCCAGCGCUUCACCCUCCUUCCAAUCCUCUUACUCCGCCCCACGAUAUUUGGACAGGCCAUCCGGGACCCAUAUCCACUCUACGGACUGGAGAAUUCCACACCCAUGAACAAGUUCUUCCAACACUUCAUGGAAGAUUCAGGCGCAACACAGAUCUGGCACUCGGCGAAAGGGUACAGCACAGGUGCCAACAUCAUAGACGAGGUACCCGUAGACUUUGUCGCGAAUGCAUGUCUCUUGCAUGCUGCGGCCCGCACAACGGGAAUAAUACAAGUUGGAUCUGAACUGUACGAGCCCUUUACCUUUGAUGGGUACUUGGACAUUGUGCAUAGUAAUGCGCCGCCGGCGAUUCGGAAGGAGCUUCCUGAAAUUAUUUUCACGGAAGAUUGGGAUUCGCCGCAGUGUUUCUUGGCUGACAUGGUGCAAAUUGCGUCGAGGAAUUGGCUUUUUGAUUGUGGGAGGUCUUAUUGGUUGAAGCAGGUUGGUGGGCCGUUGAGUAUGCGGGCUUGCAAGCCUGAGGUCGAUAGUUUGAAUCGGAAACGGAUACAUCGGAUCUAUGGGCAGAGUGUGGAAAAGGCUCGUAUGUGA